UUGCCAUUGUCGUUGUUUGGAGGUUCAGGAAACUAUGCAUCUGCUCUGUUUCUUGCAGCCUCCAAUGCAAAUAUGGUGGACAAGGUUGAAUCUGAGAUUCUUGACAUUGUUGAGGCAUCCAAGAGGAGCCCUCUGUUCUCGCAGUUUAUCAAGGAUUUGUCAGUACCUAGAGAGACUAGGGUAAAGGCUGUAAAAGAAGUAUUUGCUGAAGCUGGUUUUUCGGAUACCACCAAAAAUUUCUUGGCUGUCUUGGCUGAUAAUGGGAGACUUAGACAUGUAGAGCGUAUUUCUAAGAGAUUUGUUGAAUUGGCAAUGGCGCACAAGGGUGAAGUGAAAGUUAUUGUCACAACCGUUAUUCCACUUCCUGCUGAAGAGGAAAAAGAACUGAAGCAAACAUUGCAAGAAAUUCUUGGACAAGGGAAAACUGUAAUUAUAGAACAAAAGAUUGAUCCCAGUAUUCUUGGAGGUUUGGUGGUUGAAUUCGGGCAGAAAGUAUUUGACAUGUCUAUAAAGACAAGGGCAAAGCAAAUGGAGAAUUUCUUGAGGGAACCUAUUAAUUUUGGCAGCUUAAAGUAACCCAGAUUGGCAGUUCCUAGCAAGAUGGCUGACCUGGUAGACCAUUCGAUACAAUUCCUACUUGUCUCUCUCUGACUGAAAUAAAGUUUUGAGAGAAGGGCACUCUUAGUCUUAUAGGGCAUGGCCCGGCAUAAAUCUUUUCCCUUUUUUUCAUUGCUUGUGUCCUCAAAUUCAAGCUUUAAAGUUAUUAAGAGCGGCCGAUUUAAAUUUUUUUCA